AUGAAUGUUCCCAUUAUACCCUCCGUCUCCAACCCUGCUGCUGCUUCAAAACCUCAGUGGGCAAUUCUUGAGACAGAAAAGCCCAACGGCCAUGGCAAUGCACUCCUUACUUCACCUUCCAAAACCCACUUUCCCGCGCAAAUCCCUUUUCCUUCCGCGCCCAAAACCUCAAACCCAACCGCCAAAUUCCACCAUUACCCCAAAAUCUUGGUGGGUGUACUCGGGGCUGGUCUGACCCUGGCCUUCGUCGGACCCGCCUCAGCUUCUGAGCUGCUGCCCUUGAAUGAACCCUCCAAUGCCCUCUCGUUGCCCACCUGGGCCAUUCACGUUUCCAGCGUCGUUGAAUGGGUUACAGCAAUGGCAUUGGUGUGGCAGUACGGGGAGAAGUCCGGGUUCGAAUCUUGGAAAGGGCUGUCUUGGGGGAUGGUUCCCUUGCUUGGUGGAGCAUUAUGUGCAUGCACAUGGCAUUUCUUUUAUAACUCUGAUUCUCUUGAAGUACUGGUUGCUCUUCAAGCAGCCCUGACAGUAAUAGGGAAUGCCACAAUGUGUUUUGCUGCAUAUCGUAUUUACAGAUCAUCCGAAGAACACUCCAAGAAUCUUUGAAAUUUGUAUAUAUGGAAACACAAAUCUAAUUCCUACAAGGUAAUUUAUCUCGUUGUGUUUGGACCCAAAAUUACAUUAUCGGCCCGUGCAAUCAAGGCCAUUGAGUGAGCAUUGCUCCCAACCGUUGGAUGAAAAGUGAAGAUAAUUUUGUUAUUUUUAAAGGAUAAUAUUAUGGUUUUUAUCAUAA